AAGAAGUACGGCGGUCGUCGUCAGGCCACGACAUAUGCGUAUCGUCACCAUCAAGCGCGUCCCGACCACCCGGCUUUCUACUGUCUGGUUGUGAAGCCACAGUGGUACCAGGUGCUUCUCUCUGACCCGACUGGGGUAGUGGCGUCCGCUGAGACUCCCUGGGAUCCCGAUGACCUGCGCUUGCUAGCUGCCUACAUCUACUCCCACUACGACCCUCCUCGCGGCCACUUCCUGUGGGACGACACGAUUGCUUGGGUUCCCGGAGCGACUCUGGACCAUCCGCCGACGUGGAAGGUCAAGGUUCAGGAUCAGUGGUACACCCAGGGUCAGUUUAUUUUCAUAGGGGAGCCGUGGGGCCGUCGUACGACGAUCCUCCGCGUCAAGGAUGACAGCGGCGGGGAGAUCGUGAUCAAGGAGGUGUAUCGUCAUCACAAGCGUCGGUUCAAGGAGGAAAAGAUCUUGGCCCGCAUUCACGGUGAUGGCGACGUGCUGGGGGUUGUGCGCCUUCAGGGUGCAGAUCACGUCACGACCAACAACGAGACGAUCAAGUGCACUGCGAAAGGUGAAGAGACGGAGCGAACGAAAGAGCGAUUCGCACUGCUCGAUUCCGGUUCCCGUCUUCUGGAUGCCAAGACCGUGAACGAGCUAUUGGAGGCGGUCUACGAUGCGUUGGAAGUUCACCGCACGGUGCUGCUGGAGCGCGAGGUUCUGCACCGGGACAUGAGCCUGUAUAACAUCCUGAUGUACCCCAAGUGGGGUGGGGUGAGUGGGAGACAUGUCUCUGAGAAGACGCCUGUGUCGAUCCGGGAUGUGCUCCUUGGAAGCAAGAGGCCCGCGGAAGAACGGUUUCCUACAUGCCUAGUCAUCGACUACGACAAUGCUGCUGAGCUGGACGCCAAGAGCGGCGGCGAACUGAAUGAUCGCACGGGGACACCUCUGUUCAUUGCACGAAGCGUCAGUCUUGGAACGGUCCUGCUCGACCAUGUGUCAAUUUGCGGCAAACCCAUGCCAAGGCUCACCGGCGACGCUUUGUAUCUAUACACCACUGCUUACGGGCAGGAGCGCUACGAUCGGUAUAACGAUGAGCCUGGAUCCCCCAAAUGCCACGGUGGCCUCCCUCCCUCCCUGGAGGUUGACGACUUCGACGACACACGAAAACCCCGCUUCUUUCACAGACCGGAGCACGACGUAGAGUCGGUGUACUGGACUAUGGUAUAUGCUCUUCUUCGCGCUCAGCCAGCCGCUGCUCCCAGAGAACGCUAUGCUUCCGAGUCGUCUGCUAACGUUUGGAACAUUCUCCUCUCGCACCGUAUCCCGGCCGAGCACUCUCGAAAUGUGGAAAACCGUGGUAACAUCAUCAACGGGUUGAGGAGCGCAUGGCUUGAGCUCUUCGAUCCAACUAUGCAUGACGUCGCACUGCUCUUGUCGCAAAUUUCGCAACAUGUUCGUUCGGAGUACGCCUGGUGGACAUGGGAAGGCAACUUCCAGCCUGACCACCUCCACGAAGCCGUACAGCGCCUCAUCCUGCAAUAUCUGGUCAAUCAUCGCGACAAUCCUAUCAAGUUGGAUCCGCGCAGACCUCGCCCUACCGCUUCCAGUUCGGCCGACCAGGGGAAGACCCGGACCCCAACUCAGUUUUCGCAGAUGCAGGCUACCGGUGGGACAGGAACCCACACUAGAGGUCAGGUUGGAUCGGGACGGGGUUCAGCUGCUAGCCGCAAUCGGGGGCGUGGUAAGGGCUCAAGGUAUGCCGCCAAUCGCAAGGGCGGCGCGAAGACCACAGCUGCUGCUGGAGGACCGUCACAGCAAUCUGUACAUUCUCGUGAGCAAGCGACGACGAACGAGCCGGUUGCAAACUCGAAGCGCAAGAGCAGCAGCAAGCCAUCUCGCAGCAGCAAGCGGCUCAAGACUCUCUCCGGCGAGCCCGUGCCAUCCGUGGGGCAAGGCGACGACGACAACGUUGACGGAUUGUAAGCUGCCGGAAAGCCUGCAACGGGUUACGCAGCUUGUCGCGCGUUCGUCUCAUUCCCGCAACCCUCCGCGUUAUAGCCGCAAGAUGGACGAUGCUGCUAGCAUCCUCCUAAGUUCAUUCUUCUUAAACAUGCUGCCUCUGUCCUCCUUUCGCCCCUCCUCCUUCAAGCUGACGUUCUCCACGCUCAUUUC